GAGCAUUGUAAGCCGUGUAGAGCCUAACCAGAAAGAUUCUGGUUGGCUCGUUCAGAAUCAACAGGCAUGUUUCACUACAGUGUAGGUAGAUGGAAGGCAGGCAAAGAGGGACGGAGCGAUAUUUUAACGCCGGGCAUGUAUGCACCCGCUGACCCCUUAAAGCUUGUCCAGAUUCCGGAUGAUUCAUCGGAAUCUUUGAUCCCUGCGGUAAAUGUACUGCACUGUGUUCUCCACUGUUGUGCAGGGUUUCAAGGUUCACAAGAGUCGAAAAUCCUGGGCCGAAUCUGCAAAUCACACAUGCUCCCGUGCCUGGCGGUAUCAACCUUUUCCCUGGAUCGCUGCAGAUCAUUCUUAUCAUCGAAUCAGAAAUGCUUUGCAAGGUUUCUCGAUCUGCAGUAUCUUCACUUGGAUCUACCAAUGUGUCAGACAUAGUGGUGGGUGAGGACAGGAGAACUUCAAGCUAGUCUGCCAAGAUCAGUGCGACAUCAAUGCGCAAUCGCCAGAAUGUGAAUAGCAGAUCUACUUCACGUAGACGCUUCUGUGACUCCACGGCCACGCCGCGAAGCUGAACAAUAUCUGCCUUUAAUAAUCACGGCCAACUCUUGACAACUGCUGGCUGGUUAAGGACUCUUUGAUGAAAACGGUUCGAGCGAUCAGUGAAGGAAAAAGGUCGUGCAGGGUGUUGACGACGGUGUAGAAGAUUCGAUCUUCGAAUCAUAGGCUUCCGCUUCGCACAUGGCCAUUCUUGUGAGCCUCAAGACACGGGAGCUACCGGACACGAAAGGUCCACUUUCCUAUUGGAUUUGGACAAGGGAUCCAUGCCUCGACCGUGCCUUGUCCUCAGAUGUCAAUCCCUAGUCUUGUCGCUCUCGGCGGCAGCCGCAGCCGCAAGACUACGAGAGAAGGAAGAGCAGGAGGAGCAACGGAAGACCGAUCCUCGAUCCGACGCGGUAAAGCGGCAGCAGCGGAUUUGCAGAAGAGCGAAGUGGGGGGACAAAUGUGGACUGCGGCCAGAGCAAGCCCACUUUCUUCGUCGACAAGGAUGCAGAUCUCACCCGACACUCAGGUUUCUGAAAAAGCUUGAAAUCUUGCGACUUUCGUCCACCCACCCUCCCUCCCUGCCUCCCUCAGCUUUUUGCAUGAUCAGUCUGAACCGGGCGACGACGAUUGCGCCUCGACCCGCCCCAAAAUCCACGCAACGCCCCAAAUGCCCAUUGCGGGGCCACCAAUUGCGAGCGCCGUUUCUCGAAAGCAAUUAGCGCUCCGAGAUAACGUCUCUCUCUCUAUCAUUCACCUCGAGGAAGUGACAUUCUUUGGCCGCCUGCAAGCCGUUUGACCGAUCAGUAGCAUCUGAGAAAAGAAAAGCUUUUUUCGGACAUUGUACCCAAGAGAAGAUCCAAAUAAUGUACCGACGCGGAAGUGGAUUCUAUUUUUAUCCGGAGGCUAAUUUAACCAUGUUUAUCUAGCGUAACAAUUUUUUAUCAACUGAAUGAUUCAGCUCUCAGUAAAUUUGUGCAAUAAAUUUAUUUACAUAGUCAAAAUAAACACGCGUGCCGAAAAAUGGAGAAAUUUAGUUGAUGGAACCCGGGGUAAACUCAAAACUCUCGAUGGGACCUAACAGGUUUCGUUUUACGCGAUGGCCGUGUAGCCCCACCGUUAGUGAUGUUCCAGUACUAUCCGGGGUUAUUUCGAGUAGAAAGAUGAAAUCACAGUUCAGAUUCAUGGUGCUCGUUGUACUCAUGGUUGCGAAUUUCGCAGCCAUGUCCAAGAACUCACGGCCCGUUUUCUUGGACAUGGCGACUCCUUCGCAGUGCGAAGGAGUCGCAAAUUACUCUGGCCCAACAGUGGCCGAGGCUUCCACUCUAUAGAGCAAAUCAGUAAGUUAUUAGAACAUGGCCGACGGUGGCAGUCGAAUGGGGGUCACAUUGGGUAAAUUGAAACCUAUUGGGUAUGUUCAAGGGUUUGAGUUUCCCAGAGGUCUCAUAAGCAAUUUUCUCCGAAAAAAUGCCCUAUUUUAAUUUAGAGCCGUCUGAAAAUGAUAAAUUUCUCUUUCG